AUGUCUUUAGAGGUGACACUGAUUCCUGCAGAGCACUGCUUGGGAUCUACCAUGUUUCUCUUCAAGACCACAAAUAAAACUAUUUUAUACAUAGGCGAUUUCCGUCCAAGAAUUAGUGAUAUCGAGAAAGACGCAAAUCUGCACGAGCCAAAUGGCAAUCCGAUAAACAUCGACGCGAUGUAUGUGGACACGGAAUUUAACCAGGAAGGAUACGAGAAUUUUCCGAAGAGAAGCCAUACAGUUCAUGAGGUUAUUAAGGAAAUCGAUAAAUGGUUGAAGAAGGGCGAAAAUUAUGCCGUAGCUAUAUAUGUGUAUGCUAAUUACACACACGAAUUUAUCUGCAACCAAAUACACGAGAAGUUAAAUAUAAAAGUCGCAAUACCAGAACUUGUCCCGGGUAUAACAAACGAUUACCGAGAGAACCGGAUACACUUGUGCAGCAAGAACAAAAACCUGGAGAACUCCCAUUCAGAGUGCACGUCGGGUUGGGGUUAUGACGUAUGCCUGUAUGUUUACUUCACCGCAAAGAAAUGGAGAAAAUAUACUGACGAUUCUACACCCGUGAACUGGGCAACUCCAACCAGACUCGACGCUUGCUUUGCGACUCACUGUUCACGGCGGGAGCUAGAAAGUUUUGUCAGUUAUUUUAAACCGGAGAAAGUAGAAGGAUUUCGUUACCCUUAUGUGGCUGCAACACCAAAUACGAAAAAUAAAGGUGAAUUGCGUUUACCCAAAGGUGUUAAAAGGAAGAAUGAUGCUACGACUGUCGACGAAGAACAAUUGAAGAAUGUAACAAAGAAGUUAGAAUUGUAA